AUGGGUCACGCGUCAUUUGUUAUCACCCCGACUUCCAGAUCUGGCGCCCCUACAUCCUCUGAUAGAUAUCAACUUGACUGGGACUUGUCGCUUGGCUGUCGCUUUUCGCGCAUUUAUGAUGCCAUGAAAACUAUUGAAGAAGCCAGUUACGGCGAAUCAGCAAGCGACCUCAAACGAGCCCUGAAGUCCGAAGAACAGGGCAAUCCGUGCGAUGAAGGCUUGAGAUCGGUCUGCUGGAAGUUCGGGUCUCACGGAUUGAUUGAUGGUCAGGCUUUCUUACUCUGUGAUGGCCUCGACCGGUCGGCAUGGCUGCCACGGAUAUCCGAUUCGCGAAGUGCCUACUCAGCGCUUCGAGAGCACUUCCUGAAGUACAUCCAACAUCCGGAUGACCUGCAGUCCGCGAUCGACCCGUUGGCCGAGGACGAGGAGGAGAACUAUUUCUUCCGCGAGCCGUCGACCAAGUCGAUGAUGCUGGACAUCUUGUUCAUCUACUCGAAACUCAACCCGGAUCUGGGAUACAGGCAGGGAAUGCACGAGCUGUUGGCCCCUGUUCUAUGGGUGGUGGAACGAGACGCGAUUGAUAGAACCUCUAUCGAGAAAGCCGGUGCAGAUGACAAAUACGACGAUCUAAUGUUGCAGCUGCUCGAUGCCAGGUAUAUCGAGCACGACUCUUUCAGCUUAUUCUGCUGCAUCAUGCAGAUCGCUCGAACCUACUAUGAACACAGUGAUCAAAAGACUUUUACGGGUCAAACCGACGUCGCUCCCAUUGUGAACCGCUGCCAGCACAUCCACGACGAGCUGUUGAUGGCUGCGGAUCGUGAGCUGGCGACUCACUUGCAUGCAAUCGAGAUCCUACCACAGAUCUUCCUCACCCGCUGGAUACGCCUGCUAUUUGGUCGGGAAUUUCCCUUCGAGGAUGUCCUUCUUAUCUGGGACCUUCUUUUCGCAGAUGGCCUGCGGCUGGACCUGAUUGACUAUAUAUGUGUUGCAAUGCUCCUUCGCAUUCGGUGGCAGCUCUUGGAGGCAGAUUACUCCUCAGCAUUGGCGUUACUACUACGCUAUCCUUCUCCCCAUCCUCACGGGCCACAGACUCUAGUUCAAGAUGGGUUAUAUCUUGAACAGAACUUGAGUCCCGCACGAGGUGCCUUCCUUAUCUCAAAAUACUCAGGGCGGCCGCCUGAGCUUGCAAAGGUGCCGUUCCAACAUGCGAAGUCUCUGCCGGGAAGGUCAAGGAAUGCAAGUGAGGACAGCUCUCCUGGUCGAUCACCUGCACGGAGUAAUCACAAAAGCCUGGAAGCCCUAUUCCAGGAUGUCUCAGAAGGCCUGCAACGUCGAACGGAGGCAUGGGGCGUUGCAAAGGCUGUCCGCGGAGCGGUAACUGAGGCGAGGCGGAAUAUGAUUUACUCAGAUUCAGGGAGUCCAGCAACAUCGCGGACUCGAUAUAGCAGCCCUCGCUUUGGCUCUCCAAAACCCGCGCCGGUAAAAGUCUCCGAUCCUGUUGAUCUGGCCAAAAAAGCAGUAUUGCUUGAAAAACGUGACAAGAGACUAGCUGAAAUGCUAAAAGAUGCAUUGUCGGGAUUACGCCUGGUAAAGGAAAGUGCCGGGAAUCUUGACUCCAAGGCUAGUGAAGCGCUCAAUCGGGCAUACGAGAGGGUCCAAUCUGUCCAGACAAGCCUUGACAGCCCGCCAACAUCGUCGCCUGCCGAGUCAACCAAGGAUACUGAAUCGAUUGAUGGCCAAACAGAAGUCUUGCAGCAAGGGGAGAGGCGAGAGGAGAAGCAAGAGGUGGAAGCGCCAUUGGCAGACAGCAAAGCCACAAAGAUGGCUGCAGCUCCAUCCCCAACGCCAGAAGACCGUACAAUCCGUGAACACGGAAUCGCUGCGACUUCCAAACCCCAAACUGUUGUUCCAGUUCCCCACCGACCGGCAGUACGCCCAUCCCUGGCGGAAUCCGAAUUCUCUUGGAUGCUUGGCGACAACGCGAAUCGGUCCAGUUUUAUCAGUUCUGCCUCCCUGCCUCCAGAUCAAAGUAGGCAUGGCGAUGCCCGAUCGAAACAAAGUCCCCUUUUUGGCGAUGGUCGAAAUGAAAGCCGUAAACGUUCUACUGGGGAGGAUGAUGGCCUGGCUUUGAGCAGUUUGCGUGGUGGUAGCAGCUAA